UUGCAAUUGCAAUAUUUUUGGUGUAAUUUUCAGUUUAGGGCGGAGGAAAUGGCAACCGAACCUGGAUACAGAUUUCCACCGCAGAGUCAAGACAAGCAGCCAGGCAAAGAAUAUGUGAUGCAUCCUCAUCCUCAGUUCAUAAAUCCUCAUUAUAAGCCCUCUAACAAGCUCCACGGAAAAGUAGCUCUAGUGACAGGCGGUGACUCAGGAAUAGGAAGAGCUGUAGCAUAUUUGUUUACAAUAGAAGGUGCAGCUGUGGCAUUUACUUAUGUGAAAGGCCAGGAGGACAAAGACAAAGACCAUAUCCUCAACAUUUUAAAGGAGGUGAAGACUGAAGGAGCAGAAGACCCUAUUGCCAUUCAUACCGAUGUCGGCUUCGAAGAAAAUUGCAAGCAGGUUGUUCAUCGGGUGAUAUGCGAAUACGGGAAGAUCGAUAUUCUGGUUAAUAAUGCUGCAGAACAAAUCUUCACUCCUACAAUUCAAGAUAUCACUCAGUGUAGGCUUGAAAGGGUGUUUAGAACCAACAUCUUUUCUCAUUUCUUCAUGUCCAAGUAUGCAUUACAGCAUAUGAAAGAAGGAAGCUGCAUUAUCAACACCACAUCUCAGCUAGCCUAUACUGGAUAUGCAGACUUGCUAGACUACAGUUCCACCAAAGGAGCCAUAGUAUCUUUUACUAGGAGUCUAGCCCUGAAUCUCGUCCCCAAACGAAUUCGUGUGAAUGCGGUUGCGCCGGGUCCUGUGUGGACACCAUUACAACCAGCAUGUUUUCCUGCUGAGCAAAUUGCAAUAUUCGGAAGUCAAGUGCCAAUGGACAGAGCAGGACAGCCAUUUGAGAUUGCUCCUUCUUUUCUGUUUUUGGCUUGCAAUGACUGUUCCUCUUAUAUCACUGGCCAAGUUGUGCAUCCUAAUGGGGGUAAGAUUGUCAAUGCAUAAUUGUGCAAGUAGCCGUUUAUUAUCUGAUAAAGGAAUUUCUACAUCAGAUGCAAUACAGUCGUGAAUUUACCAGUUAAUUUUAAACUAUAGAAUAAAGAAAGGUCAUGAAGUGAAUAAAAGUCUUUAUUUGUAAAAUA